AUGUUGUCUUUCACGAAGCUCGUCCUCCCCGUCUUCGUUACCAUGCUCGCUGCCCUGGGCUCGUCCGCCAUCCCGGCUGUCGAGAAACGCGACAUCUGGAGCCCUCCCGUCACCUACCCCCACACCGGUACGGUGUGGACCAGCGGGCAGCGCCACAAUGUGACUUGGAACACUGCGAACCCGCCCGCGAACGUCAGCAACGGCGCGACCAUCCUGCUCCGUCUCACCGGUACCCCGAUGCCCGUGAUCCUGGCUCAGAACUUCGACCUCCACGCGGGUCGCGUUGAGGUCACGGUGCCUUGGGUGCAGACUCGCAACGACUACGAAGUUGUCUUGCUCGGUGACUCCGGCAACGUCAGCCCUGCGUUCACCAUUAACGAGAACUGA